CAGCGCCCCCGCGUCCUGGUCCGCCGGCAUGGCUGUGCUCCUAGCGGCGGUGCUCGCGUCCUCGCUCUACCUGCAGGUGGCCGCCGACUUCGACGGGAGGUGGCCCAGGCAAAUAGUAUCUUCAAUUGGCCUAUGUCGUUAUGGAGGCAGGAUUGACUGCUGCUGGGGCUGGGCUCGCCAGUCCUGGGGACAGUGUCAACCUUUCUACGUCUUAAGGCAGAGACUAGCAAGGAUAAGGUGCCAGCUCAAAGCUGUGUGUCAACCACAGUGCAAACAUGGAGAGUGCAUCGGGCCAAACAAGUGCAAAUGUCACCCUGGAUUUGCUGGGAAAACCUGCAACCAAGAUGAGCCCUUCCACCCAACUCCUCUUGACCAAGGCAGUGAACAGCCUCUUUUCCAACCCCCGGAUCAUCAAGCCACAAGUGUACCUUCAAGGGAUUUAAACGAGUGUGGCCUGAAGCCGCGGCCAUGCAAGCAUAGGUGCAUGAACACUUUCGGCAGCUACAAAUGCUACUGUCUCAACGGAUACAUGCUGAUGCCAGACGGGUCCUGCUCAAGUGCCCUAUCAUGUUCCAUGGCAAACUGUCAAUACGGCUGUGAUGUGGUCAAAGGACAAGUCCGAUGCCAGUGUCCUUCUCCUGGCCUGCAGCUAGCUCCUGAUGGGAGGACCUGUGUGGAUAUUGACGAAUGUGCAACUGGAAGGGUCUCCUGCCCUCGAUUUAGGCAGUGCGUCAACACGUUUGGGAGCUACAUCUGCAAGUGUCAUACUGGUUUCGACCUCAUGUACAUUGGAGGCAAAUAUCAAUGUCAUGACAUUGACGAGUGCUCCCUUGGACAGCACCAGUGCAGCAGCUAUGCCCGAUGUUACAACAUACAUGGGUCCUACACGUGCCAAUGUAAAGACGGAUACGAGGGGGAUGGACUGAACUGUGUGUAUAUCCCCAAAGUCAUGAUCGAACCUUCAGGUCCAAUUCAUAUGCCAGAGAGAAAUGUUACAAUCUUAAAGGGUGAUGGAGGACACGCUAAUAGGAUUCCUGAUGCUGGAAGUACAAGGUGGCCCCUGAAGACACCAUAUAUUCCUCCCAUCCUUACCAAUAGGCCUACUUCCAAGCCAACAACAAGACCUACACCAAACCCGACACCACAGCCUACUCCACCACCCCCACCACCCCUCCCAACAGAGCCCAGAACAACUUCACUACCACCAACCCCAGAAAGUCCAUCCACCAAACCCACCACUUUAGCACCUGCUACCAGUACCGCUACACGAGUAAUUACGGUUGACAACAGGAUACAGACGGAUCCUCAGAAACCCAGAGGAGAUGUGUUCAUUCCACGGCAGCCUUCAAAUGACCUGUUUGAAAUAUUUGAAAUCGAAAGAGGAGUCAGCGCAGACGAGGAAGUAAAGGACGACCCAGGUAUUCUUAUACACAGCUGCAAUUUUGACCAUGGACUUUGUGGAUGGAUCAGAGAAAAAGAUAGUGACUUGCACUGGGAGCCAGCCAGGGACCAAGCAGGUGGACAGUAUCUCACAGUGUCUGCAGCCAAAGCCCCGGGGGGAAAAGCCGCUCGCUUGGUGUUACCUCUCGGCCACCUCAUGCAUUCAGGGGACCUGUGCCUGUCCUUUAGGCACAAGGUGACUGGGCUGCACUCGGGCACACUGCAGGUGUUUGUGAGAAAACAUGGUACCCACGGAGCAGCCCUGUGGGGAAGAAAUGGUGGCCAUGGCUGGAGGCAAACCCAGAUCACCUUGCGAGGGGCUGACAUCAAAAGCGUCAUCUUCAAAGGUGAAAAAAGGCGUGGUCACACGGGGGAGAUUGGAUUGGAUGAUGUGAGCUUGAAAAGAGGUCACUGCUGAGAAGAACACUGGCAGCUCCCGAGCUAGCAGUGACUUUGUCGCUCUCCCUCGUUUUUUCCAAUGCUUUCCUUCUCAUCUCCUUCUUAAUCAGGCCUAAAGCAAGAGUGGGUCAGGAGAAGGCUGCUUGGUGACUCAGGUCUUGGUGGCCUGUUUUUGUGCAAUCCCAGUGAACAGUGACACUCUCGAAGUACAGGAGCAUCUGGAGACACCUCUGGGCCCCUCUGGGGUGGAACCUUCUACCUGUAUCUUCUUUAGGAAGGCCUUUGGCAUGUGUGACCUGUGCCAUCCUUUAUCCUGGUUAUAGAGUGGGCCUGCUAGCCAAUUUCGGGAGAUGUUUUCAUUCUGUGCAAAUGGUAUUCUGUGUCCAGUGUUGUACCAUGAGUAGUAUUGACUUUGCUUACAGGAUGAUGUACAGCGUGCUUGUGAAACUAGUGUAUCCUUUUCACUUCAGUUACUUCUGGCCUGACCUCAACUCUGACUUCUACUGCCAUACACUUUAUAACGGAACGGUGUGCAACAUAUUAACAUGCAUUUAUUCUUGUAAACUGUGUCUUUCUGUUAAAGACAGUUAUAUAGGGUAGGCAUGGAAUUUCUUGUUAGUAGUACUGUGAUUGUGUAAAUGUGCUAUUAAUAUAAGUAUUUACAUGUUCCUAAUAUCCACAGACUCUAGUUGCAAGGUCAAAGGCAGCUUAUGAUCCCCUGAGUACAAAAAUUACAUGGUGACCUGUCAUCUAUGCUAUGUAUAACCUUAAACCAGAAGCAAGAAAACUGGCAGAGGUGUGCCCCUUGGGGUAGUGGAAUGAUGACUUUAUUUCUGUGUCCUUGAGUUUAAUCUAUAUAGAGGAAAGUAAACCAUUAAAGGGAAGAGAGGACCAGCAGUUAAUAUAUAAAACCCCCAUUUUCAGUUAUACUUUAAACCAACAGCUUUCACUAUUGUUACACACCUCCAUCGGUAAGAAGCUUUGUAAAGAUUCUGGGUGUGGCGAGUGGAGACUAGAAGAAGGCUCAUAAGACAGGCAUUUAUAAUGAGCUUUAAAUUGGCAAGGUUUCCAUGAGCAAAGCUCACAGCUUACAUGUUACCUGAGGCUGGGCUGGGAAGCAGGCUUGUGCACUGAGGCGACACUCACCAUGAUGGACCGACACCCGUGCAGUAGAGGAGGAUGAGAUUGGAAUUUUAAUAUCCACAGAGCCCCAACUGCGUCUCCUCCCUGUCAGACCUCUGUAUUAAAGACACACAACUUUAAAGAGU